AUGAAGUAUCCUAUCCGCUCUCGCACUGGCAACCUUCCUAUGGAGCUUCUCAUUCCCAUCCUCAAAGAUGCGGCCCAGCUGACGUUUUCCCCAGGGGGGGACCGUGUCGAUAAAGAUUUCUAUUCAACAGCCGUCUCCCUAUGUCGCGUCUCUCGACUUUUCAGAUGCAUCAUUCUCCCCGAAAUGCUGCGCACGGUAUUUCUCCGAGAUCAUGGAGUGAUAAAGUUCGCAAAUGCUCUGCUUAUGCAGAAAGCGUACGCUGAGAAAGAAAGUGACCUUUUCUUUGACUAUACCUCUGCUAUACAGAGGAUGUGGAUCAGUAACUACCGGACAAGCCUCUCCGCAGGACUGUCUGAGCUCAAGCUGAACAUGACCAUACUGCAUCCGGUCAUCCUUGCUGUACCAGUACUUGCACUUGACUCUGGGCAUUUCCAGCUUCUUGCUCAGACCGUGGAAGAUGCGUGGACUUCUCACGAAGAUCUCAAUAUCGACCACGAAUACUGCCCUUUUCCUGGAAAAAUUCAGAAUCUGGCGGUAAUGAGUUCCUGCGGCUCCUGGGCUCCCUUCCACUAUGAUCAAAAAAAAAAAAUACCCAAUUUCCUCGCAUCAAUCCCCCGUCUCACAUGCCUGCCCGAUUUAGAGGUGACUUCAGAUGUUUUUCGUGACAUCAGCAGGGGCUUGAUAUCCCCCGAAUCCUCGCUGCUUUAUUGGAUGGAAAACUUUCCGUGGGCUGAGAUGACGAGCCUUCAAACCUUUUCAGUGGUCUAUCCACAUCUCGGUCCCCCCUUCAGCAUGCGUUCAUACAUCGAUCCUACAAGGGGACUAGACCUGCAUGUGGAGCGGCUCAAUGUGUCUGCUCCCCUGUACAGGCAGGACCCUCGUUCCUUCCCGUGGGGAACACCGCCGUUUUCUGUGACUAAUCCUGGAGAGAAGAACAUUCGAACGGAUGGUCUUUCCUUCGAGGUCACACGUAAACAGACACACUUCUGCCGAUUGUUUUUCUCGUGGGAGACUGCUUGGGCCUGCGGAUUAACUGAUGAUGAGGGGUACAAAGAGGAUUAG